AUGGCAAGAAUUUCCAUGACUUUCAUGGUGAUUCUUGUAAUCUGCUGCUGGGAAAAUACCAUAGCAGAAGGAAAAACAUACAUGAAAUACAAAAAUCCUAAACAAGCAUUGAAUGUCCGAAUCAAGGACUUGAUGGGCCGAAUGACUCUGGAGGAGAAGAUCGGCCAAAUGGUGCAGAUCGAGCGUGGUGUUGCAUCGGCCAAGGUGAUGAAGAAGCACUUCAUUGGGAGUGUGUUGAGUGGCGAUGGGAGUGGUCCUGCUAAACGAGCAUCAGCUAAGAGGUGGAUGAAAAUGGUGGAUGAGUUUCAAAAGGGAUCGCUAUCAACUCGCCUUGGGAUUCCUAUGAUUUAUGGGAUUGAUGCUGUUCAUGGUCACAAUAAUGUUUACAAGGCAACAAUUUUUCCACACAAUGUUGGGCUUGGAGCUACAAGGGACCCUAUACUAGUCAAGAAAAUUGGAGCUGCCACUGCUCUAGAAGUUAGGGCAACAGGCAUCCAUUAUGCUUUUGCACCAUGUAUUGCGGUAUGUAGAGAUCCAAGAUGGGGUCGGUGCUAUGAAAGCUACAGUGAAGAUCACAAAAUUGUACAAGCAAUGACUGAGAUUAUACCAGGAUUACAAGGAGACAUCCCUUCUAAUUCUCGCAAAGGUGUCCCAUUUGUCGCUAACAAAACAAAGGUUGCAGCAUGUGCAAAACAUUAUGUGGGAGAUGGUGGAACUACAAAAGGGAUCAAUGCUAAUAACACAGAAACAAGCUGGCAUGGAUUGCUUAGCACCCACAUGGCUCCCUACUACAACUCCAUUAUUAAGGGUGUCUCUACCAUCAUGGUCUCCUACUCAAGCUUGAAUGGCAUGAAAAUGCAUGCCAACCCUAAUCUCAUCACUGGCUUCCUCAAGAAAACCCUUCGUUUUCGAGGUUUUGUCAUCACAGAUAUGAUGGGUAUUGACUCGAUCACUAGCCCUCCUCAUGCCAACUACACAUAUUCCAUCCAAGCUGGAAUUCAAGCCGGCAUUGACAUGGUUAUGGUCCCCUUCAACUAUACCGAGUUCAUGGAUGGUUUGACCCUCAUGGUGAAGGAAAGGAUCAUCCCCAUGAGCCGAAUCGACGACGCAGUGAAGAGGAUUUUGAGGGUGAAGUUUGUGAUGGGUCUAUUUGAGAACCCAUUCGCAGAUCAUAGUCUUGCCAAUCAGCUUGGAAGUCAGGAGCACAGAAAGUUAGCCAGGGAAGCAGUCAGAAAAUCACUUGUGUUGCUGAAGAAUGGUAAAUCCACGGACAAGCCAUUGUUGCCUCUUUUGAAGAAGGUGUCAAAAAUACUUGUUGCAGGAAGCCAUGCAGAUAAUCUUGGUUACCAGUGUGGUGGGUGGACAAUUGAGUGGCAAGGACUAGGCGGCAAUAACAUCACAAAGGGUACAACAAUCCUUAAAGCUAUAAAGCAUACCGUUGAUCCAACAACUGAAGUCGUCUAUCAAGAGAACCCCAAUGCUGACUUUGUCCAGUCCAGUAAAUUCUCCUAUGCCAUUGUCGUAGUAGGAGAGCACCCAUAUGCAGAAACAAACGGUGACAGCUUGAAUUUGACAAUCCCUGAACCCGGUCCAAGCACCAUCAGAAGUGUCUGUGGAGCUGUGAAAUGUGUUGUCAUCCUUAUUUCCGGCCGUCCAGUUGUGAUUCAACCAUACCUUGCUGUGAUGGAUGCCCUUGUAGCAGCUUGGCUUCCAGGUAGUGAAGGACAAGGUGUUGCUGAUGUUUUGUUUGGCAACUAUGGUUUCACUGGCAAGCUUCCACACACUUGGUUCAAGACUGUUGAUCAACUCCCGAUGAAUGUUGGCGAUCCACAUUACGAUCCUCUCUUCCCAUUUGGAUUUGGACUCACCACCAAACUGACCAGGGCCAACUAGAAAGUACUUAAUGGAAUUCUAAAUAUGCCGCAGUUUGAAAUUAUUUAUCCAAGAAAAAUGUUAUGGAUACUUGAACUGCUAGCCUAGGAGGGAGUGAAUAGGCUCAAAAGAGAUGAUACCAGCCAAUUAAAGUUAAAAUCUCAAUACAACAGAAAUUUGUUAUAAACACGAGCAAAGAAUUUCAACACAUCAUCCACAAUGACAUGGAAUUAUUAUUAUUAUUUUUUGUGGAAAACCCUUUCAAGGGAAAAACCACAGGCA